CACGACGCGCGUGUCACUUCCGGGCUCAGAUUGCAGAGUUCAACAUCAGCGGUUGUAGGAGAGCCGGCGGGUGGACACAGAGGCAGAGCUGACUGUAACGGGGCCGGAGGACGGACAGACUGACAGACGGACACCGUUUUUUCUCAUCUGCUCUUGCUGUUUUCUUUCUUUUUCUCUCUUUUUUUCUUUGUCUCUUCAGCGGUAACAGUUGCCUGUGCUGUGUCCAUGCUGUUUUCUCAGUGAGUGCACUGGAUACAGGGGCUGCAGGAAAGAGAAGGAACAUUGGAGCACAGAGCAGGAGUAGUGUGGAGCUGUGGGCAUUUUAUUGCCAGGGAUUACGAGUCAAGCUCUCCAAAAGAAAGAAGGAAGACAAAGAAAGGGACAGAAGAAAAGGGGGACUGACUGCCACAGCGGGAGGAACUUUUUCUCACAGCUUAUCUUCCUCCACACUCUCUCCUCGCCUCGUCCAGCGUCUUCACAGCUUCACCAAGAUGAAGCUGAAGGAGGACCUGAACCCCUUGCUGCUGCUCCUCUUCCACCUAAUGGUAUGGAUCUACACCUUCAUCACCUUCCUGCCUUCCUACGUCCUCAGCUGGGUCUCCAGAUCCAACGAGGGCUUCCUUGGCUCCGAGGAGGAACGAGCGAAGAGAGCGAAGGCCCGCUCGGUGCUGGGACGUCCCGAGGGACCCUACCGAGCGGUGAGCGCCACCAAGAGGUUGUUGACUUCGCUGCACCCAGGAGUGGACACCCUGGAUAAGAUGUUUGAGUACGCAGCCACAAAGUUCCCACACAGAGACUGUCUAGGGACGAGGGAGGUGAUCUGUGAGGAGGACGAGCGACAGAGCAAUGGAAAAGUGUUCAAGAAGGUGGUUCUGGGUGAGUACCGCUGGCUCUCCUACAAGGAGGUCCUCACAGCAGCGUCCCAACUGGGCAGUGGGCUGGCAUCGCUGGGGCAGCGGCCAAAAAACAACAUCGCCAUGUUCUGUGAGACGCGAGCCGAGUGGAUCAUUGCUGCCCAGGCCUGCUUCAUGUACAACUUCCGACUGGUCACCCUUUACUCCACACUGGGAGGUCCAGCCAUUGCUCACGGACUGAAUGAGACUCAGGUCACCCACGUCAUCACCAGCAGAGAGCUCCUGGAGACCAGACUCAAGGCUAUCCUAAUUGAAGUUCCGAGGCUGCAGCAUAUCAUUGUAGUGGACAACACACCAACCUCAUGGCCUGGAUUUCCACGUGGCAUCAGUGUCCACAACAUGGCUGCUGUUGAAAAGCUGGGAGCCAAGCCUGAAAAUGCGGCACGUGAGCGUAAGCAGCCGCUGCCUUCAGACAUUGCAGUCAUCAUGUACACCAGCGGAUCCACAGGCAUACCAAAGGGUGUCAUGAUCUCCCAUAGCAACAUCAUCGCUGGUAUCACGGGCAUGGCCGAGCGGAUACCCAACCUGUGUGAGGAGGACACUUACAUUGGCUACCUGCCUCUCGCCCAUGUACUGGAGCUCAGUGCAGAGCUCGUAUGUGUUUCUCAUGGCUGUAGGAUCGGCUAUUCCUCACCUCAGACUCUCGCUGACCAGUCAACCAAGAUCAAGAAGGGAAGCAAGGGAGACACCAGCGUCCUGCAACCCACUCUGAUGGCAGCUGUCCCGGAGAUCAUGGAUCGUAUCUAUAAGAACGUGAUGACCAAGGUGGAGGAGAUGAACUGUGUCCAGCGAACACUCUUCAUUCUGGCAUACAACUACAAACUGGAGCAGCUCGCCAAAGGAUACAGCACACCUUUAUGUGACAAGCUGGUGUUCAAGAAAGUUCGCUCUCUGCUGGGAGGUCAGACGCGAGUCUUGUUAUCAGGUGGAGCGCCGCUCUCCGCCGCCACCCAACGCUUCAUGAACGUGUGUUUCUGCUGCCCGGUGGGUCAGGGAUACGGCCUGACUGAGACCUGCGGUGCUGGAACCAUUAGCGAGCUGUGGGAUUACAGCACUGGGAGAGUGGGAGGUCCACUGGUUUGCUGUGAGAUCAAGCUCAAAGACUGGGUGGAGGGUGGUUACCGUAGCACCGACAAGCCACAUCCUAGAGGAGAGAUUCUGGUUGGUGGACCCAACGUAACCAUGGGAUACUACAAGAACGAGGCAAAAAACCAUGAAGACUUCCUUGUAGAUGAGAAUGGCCAGCGGUGGUUCUGCACAGGAGACAUCGGAGAGUUUCAAGAAGACGGAUGCCUCAAGAUAAUUGAUCGUAAGAAAGACUUGGUGAAGCUGCAGGCAGGAGAGUACGUCUCCCUGGGAAAGGUGGAGGCCAUGUUGAAGAACUGCUCUCUGGUCGACAACAUCUGUGCCUAUGCCAACAGUGAUGAGACGUACGUGAUUGGCUUUGUGGUGCCCAAUCAGAAGCAGCUGCUGACUCUGGCUGACCAGUACGGUAUCCGAGGCUCAUUGGAGGACCUGUGCAACAACAAGGCCAUGGAGGAGCUGGUCCUCAAGAUCAUCACUGAGGCUGCUCUGGCAGCCCAACUGGAGCGCUUUGAGAUGCCUCGCAAGAUCCGCCUGAGCCCAGACCCGUGGACUCCUGAGACUGGAUUAGUGACUGACGCAUUCAAGCUCAAACGCAAGGAGCUGAAAACACACUACCAGGACGACAUUGAAAGAAUGUACGGUGGGAAAUAACAAGGACCAGCACGGCAGUGGUCAUUCUCAAAGCACAGACCAACACUUGACUCUGAACGCUCCCAGUACCCUCUCACUGCUCCCCUAUUCCCUCCUCCAUGAACAUAAGAGCCACUGUGAUCUGUGGUAAAUUUUAACACUCCUCUCAAAGAAAGGAGGAUAAAGAUAGGGUGUUACUUGAAUUUGUAACUAAAAACAGACUGAAAAAGGUUGCUGAAAAGACAAAGUGUUGAGGAAAACACAAAGAUCCCUGUCCACUGCUGCCUUUCCCCUUUCCCGCCCAGGUGUAUGACCUCUGUGUGGUGAUUUUUAUUGUUUCAGAUGUGAGUUAUGAAACAGAUGGUGUUUUAGCUGACGUUGUCUGUUGAACUCUGAGUGCCACAGCAGAAGCUCAGGUUGGGUUGACAUGUUUGUUGUUUUUUGUUCACCCAUGAGACAUUAGACUGGUUACGUUACGUUACUAAAUCUCUCCUUUAGUUCCUUUUGAUCCUCCAGUAAAGCUCCUUUAACUUAAAGAUUUUAAAUUCAUUUUCCCUGCAGGUCAGGAGACGGUUAACUCUUUUUGUUUCUUUUUUUUCUCUUUUGUUCACAUGUUUUGUUCUGUCAGUGGUUUAUUUUGUCUCCCACCCACAGUCAGACUUUGACUCCCACUGUCGUGGGGCGUCUCUCCCAUCAGCACAUCUUGACACCAAAAGCACAAAGUCAUUUGAGGGCAAAUGAGAGCAGGUUGAUAAAAAUGCUAAGGUCAUAUCUGAUCGAACAAUGUUUUGUUUCUUCAUCAACAUUAAAGCUGCAGUAGGUAACUUUUAUAAAAAUAACUUUUUGUUAUGAAAACAAGCAAUCAGAGCCGAGAAAUAGAGUUGAUUGAGUUGAUUCUCAUAUUCAGGUCCUCAGUUACAGAUGCUUUGGGUCGAUGGCUUGAAGAUUGUUGAGUCUCAUUCCCAUUCCCAAAGCGUCUGUAUUUGACAACUACAAUCAACUAUCUUUCUUUCUUGGCUCUGAUUGGUUGUUUUUAUUCAGCAGCACUAGGAGGAGCCAGAGGAACCUGAUUUUUCACAGAUUAUCUGUCUCAUGUACUACUGUCAGAAUAUAGUAAAGGUAAAGGUUACCUACUGAAGCUUUAAGGCCAUAGUCCUUUUUUUAGGAAAAUGACAUAAAUUACACAAAAUAGUCUUAUUUAAAAAGAAAAGAAACAAAGAUGUACUGUUGUUUAGUCUAUUGUAUUUUCCUACAGUGAUAGAGUAUACUUUUUUAUGUGCUGUACAGACCACAUUGUGCACAAGAAUGCACAUUUACUUGCUUGUAUUACAGAUGAAAUGACUGUGUAAUCAUUGUCAUAUUUGAUAAAUCAUAGUGCAAUAUGAACAUGUAUCAUUCUGUCCAAAUAACGCAGUCAGUUACAGAUAGGACACAAAUAAAACUUCCUCAACGUGCGUGGGUGCACUGGUUGAAGAAUGAGCACACUUUGACAAGUGCGACUUUUGUGUGUACGGCCAACAUUUGUCCUGCCGGACUGUGUUUACCAGCUUAGAGCCUUGUCACAUAUUUUUGUCAACUGCAGGAGUAUGACUAAGUGAAUGACUUGUCAAGUCCAUAACACGGCACAAACAUGGCCCCAGCGUCCCUCACCAUGUGACACCUGUUGCCUUCUCCAGUAAUUCUGAGUCACACCUUUCUAAUCCCUGACUGAUUUUGAAUUUGAUGUUUCUCCCUAUGUGUACGUACAGUAUAUGUAUGUACGCGGAGCAGUGAUCAGCAGAGGAAGCACAUGUAUAGCCUCUAUUUUAACGUAAGCUUUAUUAUCAUAGAGCAGUCCUCUCUGCCUUGUAACAUAAGUGCAUCUAGCUAUUUAUUUGUAAUUUGCCUUUGGAAAAAUACUCAAAUGAAGUAAAUAAAGAUUGUGUUUGGUCUA